CUUUCGACGGGAAGACUUGCGUUUCCUUCUACAAUGCACAUUACGGAAAUCAGGAAGAGAUCGAGAUUUUUCUCAGGUACAACGCAAUGGCAAAGAACUUCAUUCGCGUUGCUGUACUUCUUGUCGCUUCCUCAUCAGUCGUGUACUUCGCGAAGCCUCUGUGCGUCCACUUGACAUCAAUUCAAGAAAAUGACACGAUUAUUUUCAACCUGCCCUACCGAGUUCACUUGUUCCACAACAUCUCGAACGUAGCCGUCUACUCACUGAUCUACACCCUUCAAGCUCCGUUAGUCUUGAUUGCCACCUUUGGCUACACGGGCUCCGAUUGCCUGAUGGUGACGCUUACGCUUCAUGUUUGUGGCGAACUAUCCGUUCUUGCCAAUCGGGUGGAGAACUUGAACUGCGAUACUCAAGGAUGUAAGGAAAAUAUAAGAGCUGUUGUCAGCAAGCACGUUCGCUUAAUUAGGAUGGCAAGGUCCCUGGAAGACGCCUUCAAUACCGUUCUUCUAGGGCAACUGUUUGGUGGCACCUUUCUGAUAUGCUUUCUUGGAUACAGCGUACUCGCGAACACAACCGAAGGCCAAGAGACGGACUUACUUAAUUUUUCACUUUACGGCUUCUCGGUGGUCGUAUUACUCUUCGUUUAUUGUUACAUCGGCGAUUGUCUCACGAACGAGAACGUUAAAUUACGGAAUGCAUUUUUCAACUGCCGGUGGUACAACCUACCGACAAAAGAGUCGAUGAUGUUUGUUACAUGCAUCAUACAGUCCCAAAAGCCGCUCCACCUAACCGCUGGAAAAUUCUACGUGUUUUCCUUGUCAAGAUUUUCCGACGUAAUAAGAAGUUCGGCGGCUUACCUGUCGGUGUUACGGAAUCUCAUGUGAGCUUACUCAGCCAACGAUUGUAGCUACUUCAACACUUCACCAGCAACGAGGAUAUACUGAUUAGCUAUCUAAAAUACGUGUGUCAUCCCUUCAUCGAAGACUAGAUAAACGUAUCGCACAUUGAGAAGAAAAAUGCAAUAUCUACAACAAAACGUGACAGCCAGAUUACUUUUUCUGGAGAAAAUAGAAGAUACAAAACACCGAUAACACAAGUCUGCAACAAAAUCCUCCUUCAAAUGAAAUAUUACAGAUAUAAAGGUUUUAAUUUGCCGAAUCUAUAUGUGUUUUCCAUUUUUUUGCUGUGACGUAUAAAUUACGUUAUAUGAUUUUUUUAUUGUACAAAAUGCGGAAUUCGUUGUGCUUUGUUUUUGCAUUUACACUGCUUUCACCUAUUUAAACAGUGUCUGUAUGUAAGUGCAUGCAAAACCAUGAUAGAAAUAGAAAGAAAGAUAUCGUCUUAACGCUGUUUUCACACCCCUGAAAUGUAGGUAGAGUCAAUGUAUGCGAUUGCGCAGUUCUGGUUGUGACUUCGUGAAAAGAUAGAAAACUACGUAAUAACUAGAAUUAGACUAGUAGAUAUAUUUUCUGACGAUUUUAAUGUUUAAACUUUUCAACUUCACAACUUUUUUUUUCAUAAAUAUCGUUGCUUUCAUUAGUGUUUUAUUAUACUUUG